CCUCCGCUUCCAUUUCACUUUCAUUCAGACAACCAAACCCAUCAAAACCUCCCAAACUCUUGCGACAAAAUCAUUAAAAAGAAAAAGAGUCAAUUCAGUCAGACGAAAAUGGACGGAGAAGAACCGCCAUUUCCGUCACCGUCACCGUACGUCUCAUCUUCCUCUCUUCUCAAAGACAUCUCAAAUUUCAAAACCCCAAAACGCCCCUCCCAAAUCCCCAAUUUCCACUCCCCCUGUCCCCAGUUCUUCACCGCCUCCAAGAAAACCCCACGCGCCUCCUCCUCGCUUCGCCGCCACCGCCCUUCUCUAGCCCCUCCCUCCUCAUCUGCCCGGCCCAAGGCCGCUGCCCGCAGGCUCAGGGCCUUCGAGCUCGAGCAGUCCAAGUCCGCUCGCAAGGCCCAAAUCAAGAAGGAACAUUCUCUCAAAUCCCUAGCUAAGUCCCUCACUGUCUGGCUCAACUUCCUCCUCGAGAACCCCGGAUCGUGCGGCUGCGAUUUGUCCAUCACUGGUGGUGGUGAUGGUGAUCGUGCGGCUCCCAAGGGCAAGAGGGACAGUGGGCCCAGGAUUGGGGUCGGCGUGGAUACCGCGUGGCGGAGCCCGAAGCAGCAGAGGGAUUCGCUCUGGCGGGCAGCGGAGAAGCACGUGGCGGAGUUUCCGAAUUCGAUGUUUGUGAGUUUGCGGCGUUCGUUGAAAGAUGUGUGCAGUUUCGAUGACUUGAAGCAGCGGAUGCAGGUUUAUUUGAGUUUAGGGAGUUGCAAGGAGAUUUUCGAAGUGAUGAGUCAAGCGGCUAAGAAUAUUGAUGAAGGGAGGUUGAAAAUGAAGCCGCAUUGCCCUAUAGUAACAGAUUUUGGAUUGAAGGAGAAGGCCACUAGAAUACUAAUGAGUUAUAACCCAAUUUGGCUUCGGAUUGGAUUGUACAUUGUAUUCGGUGGUGAUUCUUUGUUGUCCGAUGCAGACGUUAAUUCUGAUAAAGAAAUGGCGUUCUUGAAAAUGAUUAUUGAGAAGCAGUUCUUCUCGCAUGAGGGUCUUGCAAAGGCUUAUGCUUAUAACAAGAUGGUUGAAGGUCUAUACAGACCUGGUUACUAUGAAAGCCUGGGGAAUGUUAUAUUGAAGAGAUUUUUGCUGCUUGCUCUUAUCCUCGAUAGAGCUAAAUCUCAGAGCAGUCUUCCCCUUAAGUAUGGUAUCGAUGGAUUGGAUGGGGGUUCCCCGUUAUUGUUCACGGUACAAUCUGGUAUUAAAUCAAGCCAUCAAGUCAUCCAAGAUUUCCUAUCCUCUGAUGUAAUGCAUGGGGAAGGUAAUCUUUUAGCACAUCUGCUGAUUAUAGGGUACAAGGUAUCUUAUAAGCAGUGUCCGCUCAUUGAGUAUGAUUUCAGAGUUACGGAUUUAUUUGUAGAACUCCAAGAUGGGGUCCGGCUGUGUAGAGCCAUUCAGCUCUUGCGAAAUGACUCUUCUAUCCUCACGAAAAUUGUAGUUCCAUCAGAUACUCGUAAGAAGAAAUUGGGAAAUUGUGGCAUUGCCCUGCAGUGUCUUAGGCAGGCUGGUGUGAUGUUAUGUGAUGAAGAUGGAAUGAUGAUCGAGGAAGAUGAUGUUGCUAAUGGAGAUAAGGAACUUACUCUCUCCUUGCUGUGGAACAUUUUUGUUCACUUGCAGCUGCCUCUUCUGAUCAACAAGACAAUUUUACUUGAGGAAAUUUCUAAAGUUCAUGGAGUUAACGUGGAUAAGUCAGAUAGUGGCAACUUCACUCAUUUGGAAAUGCUUUUCAAUUGGAUCCAGGCAAUAUGUGGAAAUUAUGGUUUCAAGAUCGAGAAAUUUUCUUCAUUGGUUGAUGGAAAAGCCAUAUGGUGCUUACUCGAUUAUUACUUUCGCAAGGAACUUCAUUGUUCUUGUUCUUUAAAGGAUUUUAAAAAAACUAGUAAAGACUCAAUUGUGUCAGCUACUGAUUAUCCAGAUGCGGUGCACAAUUUUAUAUUAUCACAGAAAUUAACAACAUUAUUGGGAAAUUUUCCAGAGGUUCUGCAAAUCAGUGACAUACUUGAAUCUAAUGGUGCAUGUAACGAGCAGAGUGUGGCCAUUUUGCUGGUGCUCCUUGCAUCACAACUGGUUAUGAAGAAAAAUAUGGAUCAGUUGAAUUUCCAUAAAUUCUUAGGUUGUGAUUGUAAAAGUCCAGAGAGAAAACAUUCAUGUUUGGAGCAGUGCUUUCUCAGUUCUGAAGCAGUACAUAACCAAGAGACAGAAUGGCGCAGUACUGAAGAUGCUGUCAGAAACAGAAAUUUUAAAGCCAUCCAGGCUUUGUGGCAAGAUAUGGCUGAACGGAACUAUAAACCUGUUAGAAAACCAGCUCCUCCUUUACCAUGUUUAUCAACAAAUGACAUUAUUAGCAUUCACAGAGUUAACAAUGACCCUGUUAUAAAUCCAGCUCCUCCUUCACCAUGCUUAUCAACAGUCAAAGACAUUAUUAGCAUUCACAGAGAAAAUGCAGCAAAAGUUAUACAGUCUCAUUUCAAACGAUUUAUUGAACGUCGGAAUUUCUUGAAGAUGGUGAAUGCUGUUUCUUUGUUGCAAUUUGUAAUCCGAGCUUGGUUAACUGUCAGAAAGAAAUCAACUUGUUUCAAAUUUGACACUGUUCAAGUUGAAGAGUUUUCAAGUGAAAGGUGGAAACAGUCGAUAAAAUGGGAGAGAUAUUUUAUGCUGAUUGGCGACAGACACAGUUUUGUCAAGUUAAAGAGAUCAGUCUUGCUUAUCCAGCGAGCAGCAAGGACUUGGAUCAAUCAAAGACGUCAUGGUGGAAGUAUUGUAAUUGGGGAUGUAUCUGCUUUUGAUCUAGUCAACGCUGCCACUGUUGCUCAGAAAUCUAGUUGUGGGUGGUCAGCAGGAUUUGAAUCUGUGCAUGAGGUUGCUCAGUUAGAGAAACCUUCAUACUUCUGUAAAGAAAAGGGUGCAAGUGAUCUUAAAACAAAAGCAGUGGUUAAAAUUCAGCUUGCUUGGAAGAAUUUUAUCAUCGGCAGAUCUCUCUGCAAUCAGCACUUUGCUGCAACUAAAAUUCAGAGUCAUUUCCUUGGUUGGCUAUCAAGAAGAAGGUUUCUAAAUCAAAGGCAAGCAACAAUAAAAAUACAAAGUAAUUUUCGAAUGAAAAGAUGUUGGAGUGCUUACCAACACUUCAAAAUUGCAACCAUCUCAGCCACCCUCAUUCAAUCUUUUGUCCGUGGAUGGAUUACCCGGAGAGGAGCCUGUAGAUGCAGGCAUCUCAUUGUUGCAAUCCAGAGACAUUGCCGUGGUUGGUUAAUAAGAAGGGAGUUCUUGGUCCAAAUAGAGGCUGUAACGAAAGUACAAAGUGCUAUUCGAGGCGUGACAUGCUGGAAGGGAUUUCAGUCUCAAAGACAUGCCACAAUUGAGAUUCAACGAUUUAUUCGGGGGCAAAUUUCUCGAAAUAAGCUUUUAGGGGCUUCUAGCUUACUUGCAGUCAUUUCUAGUGGUUGCUUGUUGAAGAGCUCAAGAGGGUGUUUCAAGAGUACUGAACUGGAAAUACUUUUAUGUUCAGUUCUGAAACUGCAAAGGUGGUGGAAGGGUGUUUUGUUGCUCAAGUUAAGAAUAAAAUCUGCAGUCAUAAUUCAGUCUCAUAUUCGCGCAUGGCUUGCUAGGCGAAAUUCUGCAAGAGAGAAGCACCGUAUUAUUGUGAUCCAAUCGAACUGGAAAGGUUACCUCGCACGGAAAGAUUUAAGAGGGCAGCUACUGGAUUUGCGCUUGAGAGUGCAGAAGUCUUCUACAAAUGUGGAUGACAGUAGGCGUAUCAUAAACAGACUUCUUGCGGCACUUUCAGAACUACUAAGCAUGAAAAGUGUCAGUGGCAUACUUCAUACUUGUGCAACUCUAGAUAUGGCAACAGAACAUUCUCAGAAAUGUUGCGAAGAACUUGUGGCUGCAGGAGCAAUCAACACUUUGCUGACGCUUAUUCGUUCAGUCAGCAGAAGCAUACCAGAUCAGGAGAUUCUAAAGCAUGCGCUUUCAACUCUCAGAAACCUUGCCCGCCAUCCACAUCUGGUUGAACCGCUAAUUGAUAGUCAUGGAUCUGUAGAAAUAAUUCUCUGGGAGUUCUUAAGGAGCAAGGAGGAGGGAUAUUUCAUUGCUUCUGAGCUUUUGAAGAAGAUAUGUUCAACUCCCAAAGGUGUUGAAGCUAUUCGCAAGUUACCAACCCAUUUGAAAAGACUUCACGGUCUUGUUGAGGAACUUACAAGGAAAGCAAGCAACGAGAAGAGGAAUACACGGGGGCCAGCUGCGAGAGAAAAUGUAGAGAGACGAUUAAGAGAGGCUGUUCAAGUUCUUAAAGCGGCAGCAAAUGGUCAAGUUUAGGUAUUGAUGCAUGCAAAAGGUGGCAUUAUGUUAGGAUUAGUUGUUGUGUAUAUUUGCCGUUGAAAUUACACAUUCAAUGGUACGAAAACUUGACACUCUUGGUGAAAUUUGUUGAUUGUUUUGAAUUUGUCCGGUUCUUCGUGUGCAUGAUCAGUGCACGGUUGUGUAGUGGGAGUUUGCAGAAAAUGUUGUAAUCAACGCUGAUUGCAUCUUUGAUAGCUGAUUUUUGGGUUACUUUCUUAACCCUAUAAUUUCAA